CACCGUUACCAUGACGACAGUUACAACAAACUUCAACGAGCAAAUAAGUUUCGGUGUCUGCGGGCAAAACUUAUUUUAUUUUUCCUUUGUGUUAAAAAAAAAAAAAAAGGGCGUGAAAAAUGAUUCCUACAUCCGAUUCUCUUCUGAAAUAUAAUAAUCCGAUGUCGAUCAAGAAUUCAGAGACUAAAUCUCCAAAGCAGCCAUCAGACUUCAAACCAGCUACUCCACCUUCUAAAUCAAAACCUGCAAUAAGUGAAGACAAUGAGGAAACCAAGGAGGUCCUGGAAGUCAUUUUUCCACCCAGGGAAUGGAUGGACGGAAACCAGCUGUGGGUGCAGAAGGUAUCUACUGCUCCGUCUACAAGAGCAGAUGUUAUCCAACUGAAGAAACAGCUGGAUACAAAGCUGCAGCAGAGACAGGCCAGGCUUACAGGCAUCUGUCCCAUCCGCAGAGAGCUUUAUUCUCAGUGUUUUGAUGAAUUAAUCAGGCAGACCACCAUAACCUGUGCUGAGAUGGGUCUGCUUCUGCUGAGUGUCAGAGACGAGAGUCAAAUGACCAUCAAAACCUACCAGAAGAUGAUUGAAAGCAGCAUUCUUUAUGGCAGCAGAAAGGCGCUACAAUCUGAACUUGAAAUGGUGGAUUUAGAAAAAAGGGUUGAAGAUCUAGAAAGGGAGAAACAGGAUCUGCUGAAAAAAAUGGAUGAACAGAAAGAGGAAAAUGAUGUAUGGAUAAAGAGUGAAGCUCACAAGAUUUUAGUGCUGGAAAGCAACUACAAAGAAGAAAUCAAGGUUUUGAAGAGAAACUUACAACAGCUAAAGAUGCAACAAAAAAUGGAUGAACAGAAAGAGGAAAAUGAUGUAUGGAUAAAGCGUGAAGCUCACAGGAUUGAAGUACUGGAAAGCAACUACAAAGAAGAAAUCAAGGUUUUGAAGAGAAACUUACAACAGUUAGAGAUGCAACUGUAAGGAAGCAAUACUCCAGAGAAUUGAAGCGUAACAAGGAGGAAGGCAGACUCACCGAGUUUGUCAAAUGAACAAGUCUCAAAAAAUUCUGCAUUUUAUUUUUAGAGCAUCACAGAUAUAUUUCAAGCAGUUAACAUGGCCACAUUGAUGUUUAGGAUUUAGUUUUUGCCAGUUUCUUUUCAAUAGAAUGUAGCCAAUUUGGCUGAUUUAUAAACCUAUUAUAUGUUUGCUAUCUGUCAGUCUAGUGCUUUGAUCUUUUAGCUCCACGGCUUUCUGUAGUUUGAGGUGGAGCCUUUCUGUUCUUGUUCUUGUUUUUCACAUUGUGUGUUUCAUAGUAAUGCACGCCAACUUUCUUUCCCUUCUUGGCACGGUCUAGCGCUCUUCUCUGUAAACAUGGGGGAAAAAAAGUACAAAAAAUGGCAUCAGAAAAAUUAAACCCACCAUGCCAUGCAAAAAUAUUAAUCCUCACUUUGUCACAUUAGUAAAUUUCAAGGUAGUUUAUUGGAACAAAGUGUAAUGAAAUAGAUUUUCAAUAAUUGUAGCAUGCAAACAUGCGUCCUUUCAAUGUAUAUAAAGCUAAAAACAAGUAUCACCAAAUAUACUAGAGUCAGAGAGCUGGACUGUUUAUACUGUUUAAUCACUAAACUAAUAAAAAGGUGCAAAAG